GGCGGAAGUGAAGUCACUUCCGGGCUGGGGUGUUUGUUUGGACUGGAGAAGGGAGGUUGCGGGCGAAGCGCGCGUCGAGCGGGGGAGCGGCGCUGCUUGUGGAGAUCCGCGGAGGCCGACCGGAUUCGUUGGCUGCCGUCCCCGCUGCCGUGCACUGGGUUAAAAACUACAUCUGACGCCAACCAUGAAAGAUCCAAGUCGCAGCAGUACUAGCCCAAGCAUCAUCAAUGAAGAUGUGAUAAUUAACGGUCAUUCUCAUGAAGAUGACAAUCCAUUUGCAGAGUACAUGUGGAUGGAAAAUGAAGAGGAGUUCAACAGACAAAUAGAAGAGGAGUUAUGGGAAGAAGAAUUUAUUGAACGCUGUUUCCAAGAAAUGCUGGAAGAAGAAGAGGAACAUGAGUGGUUUAUUCCAGCUCGAGAUCUCCCACAAACUAUGGACCAAAUUCAAGACCAGUUUAAUGACCUUGUUAUCAGUGAUGGCUCUUCCCUGGAAGAUCUUGUGGUCAAGAGCAAUCUGAAUCCAAAUGCAAAGGAGUUUGUUCCUGGGGUGAAGUACUAAAAUAUUUGAGUAGACGGGGCCCUCUUUUGGUGGAUGUAGCACAAUUUCCACACUGUGAAGGCAGUAUUAGAAGACUUAAUUGUAAAAGCUCUCUCUUGUCACUGUGUUACACUUAUGCAUUGCCAAAGUUUUGUUAGUCUUGCAUGCUUAAUAAAAGUGCUGAGACUGUUAAGUAAAAAGCUGUCAAACAUUUACUGAGAAUAGAAUUGGCCCCAUGGCUUGAAGUGACAGCAAGGAAAGAAGCACCAGUCAAGUUGUGUCAAAGCACCAAAUUAAAUGAUCUCUAAAUCUAAAUUAAAUUCUAAUUGUUAAGUGAGUUCCUCAGUUCAGACUUAAAUUUGCAUUUGUUCCCAUCAAAAAGAAUCUCCUUUUUCUGAAGAAGGCUUGCUGGUUAAUUGAAAUAGUUCAGUAUAGACAUUUAAAUAUGUCUUUAGUUACUGAGGUUACAAGGUAGUGAACCUAAGUCUCCUGGCUUUUAUGGGGUGUUAUCAUGUAAGAAAAUACUGAAUUAUCCUAGUGUUACAUCUAAGCAAGUAUGUGAUUUGAGAAUUCCAUCCUUUUCUAAGGAGUCAUUGCAUCCUAGCUAUUACCUGUGUAAAAUCUAACAUUUGACCAACCCAUAAUUCAGUUGAACAAAGAAAUUGUUACAUAUGAUUUGAGUGGUGCUUUUCCUUGCUUUGUUAACCAUCACUACAAUAGUCUGCAGCACAACUUUUCUUUUAACAAAGCUAGAACAGUUUUGGCUUCUUAAACUUCUUAUUUGGGUAGGUUAAGCUGCCAUACGUGUUCAGUGUGAAUAGUGUUUAAGUUGAAAAUAUUGUAAAAAAAUUAUAUUUUUUCAAAAAUAUUUAAAAAAAUAAAUAAUAGUAGAACUGA